UAUUCCUAGCUAAGCUCCAGACAUUCUUGUACUUAGCUUAGUAUAUUGUUGUUGUCGUGAAAUGGCUCGUUCAGUUCUUCUCUUAACAUGCGCCAUUUCUCUUCUGCUAGCUAUUGCAUCUGCUGAAGUUGUCGAGCAUACGUUCAACGUGAAAAACCUUACCUUGGAGAGGCUAUGCCGGAGACAAGUGAUCACUGCGGUAAACGGUAGUCUUCCCGGCCCGAUUAUACGCGUGAAAGAGGGUGACACCCUCGUCGUCCAUGUCCUCAACAAUUCACCAUACAACAUCACUAUUCAUUGGCAUGGAAUUUUCCAGAUAUUGAGCGGUUGGGCAGACGGACCGGAAAUGGCAACUCAAUGCCCGAUCCGACCGGGCCAUAGCUACACCUACAAGUUUAACGUGACUGGACAAGAGGGAACACUAUGGUGGCACGCUCAUUCCUCGGUCCUACGCGCCACCGUGCACGGCGCGCUUAUCAUCCGCCCUAGAAACGGUCACUCCUACCCUUUUCCGAAGCCUUACAGAGAAAUCCCAAUCGUGUUAGGAGAGUGGUGGAACGCCAAUGUUGUCGACGUGGAGAACGAGGCGCUGGCCAGCGGCGGCGCGCCCAAUAACUCCGACGCGUACACCAUUAAUGGCCGCCCCGGCGACCUCUAUAACUGCAGUUCCGAUGGGACGUAUAGGCUUAAGGUGAUGCCCGGGAAGACCUAUCUUUUGCGGAUUGUCAACGCUGCACUCAAUACGCAACUGUUUUUCAAAAUCGCCGAUCACAAGCUCAGAGUUGUGGCGGUGGAUGCGUCGUAUACGAACCCGUACGACACCGAUGUGGUGGUGCUAGCGCCGGCGCAGACCGCCGACGUGCUGUUGACGGCGAGUCGGCCGCCGGCUUUGUACUACAUGGCGGCGCACCCGUACGCUAGCGCCGCCGGUGUGCCGUUUGAUAAUACUACCACUACGGGGAUUGUAGAAUACGAAGGGGCGGGGCCCACGGCCCCGCCUAAAAUGCCGAUUUUACCGGCUUUUAACGAUACUCCAACUGCUCACAAAUUCUUCUCGAAUCUAACCGGGCUGGUCUCGGGCCGGUUUUGGUCCCCUCCGCCGAGGGAAGUGGACGAGAAGAUGUUCGUCACUAUCGGGCUGGGCCUCGCAGCCUGCGCAAACCCAGGGAACGCCACCUGUAGCGGCGGAAUAAACGGGCAGCGGUUAGCGGCCAGCAUGAACAACGCUUCGUUCCGGUUCCCGACCAAGAUGUCGAUGCUGGAGGCGUUCUUCGGCAACGUGGACGGAAUUUACACCGCUGAUUUCCCCGACAAGCCGCCGGUGAUAUUUGACUUCACUAACGCGAGCAACAGCUUCAAUCCGGCUUUGUUAACCACCACGAAAUCCACGAAAGUGAAGAAAGUGAAGUUCAACGCAACAGUCGAGAUUGUGCUUCAGAACACGGCUUUGAUCGGCGUUGAAAAUCACCCAAUUCACUUGCAUGGCUUCAAUUUCCAUGUCUUAGCUCAGGGCUUCGGCAACUACAACCCCGCCGUUGACCGGAGCAAGUUCAACUUCUACAACCCCCAAGAGCGAAACACUAUUGCCGUUCCCGUUGGUGGCUGGGCCGUCAUUAGAUUCCGAGCCAACAAUCCAGGGGUAUGGCUGAUGCAUUGUCAUUUGGAUGUGCACUUGCCGUGGGGUUUGUCAACCGCCAUAGUGGUGGAAAACGGGCCGACGCCGUCAACCAGGCUUCCGCCGCCGCCACCGGAUCUACCUAAGUGCUAAUCAAGACUCAACGCGUCUUCAUUAUUAUCUCAUUGAUUUAUUUUCGUUUUUGUAUGUGAGGCAUUCAGUGUGGUUUGUGAAUUGUGAAUAAUUAUUUGCAUUAAAAGUCAAUUAUCUUCAUUGAUUCUUUCCGCAAUAUAAGCAUAAAUGUAUUUUUACUAAUUACUUUGCAACAAUAUUUAAUAAAGUAUGUUAUUCCCUUCUUAUUCCAA